UAGUUGUCAUUUGUCAAUAGGACAAAUCGGAUGUCGAAUGUCGUAUUUUAGAUAAUAGUCCGAGAUUUGUUUGGGUUGUGCAAUAAAUAAAAUUAACAAUUCGACUUUAAGACUGUUUAAAAAAAAGGAGCAAAAUUAUAUCCUACAUAAUGUUGAAUUCAAUUUUUCGUGGCCUUUUGGGCACGGAAGAGGCUCCAACGAAAGUGAUAGAGGUGCGGUCGGAUAACUACAUUUCAAGGCCAAUUCAUUAUCGUGAAGAUUCGAUCCUAUUGUAUGGGCCAAAAAGUCCUACCGACGGCAAGAACACGAAGGACAAAUACUUUGAAAUAGUACUUCACAAGCCUUUUACUGAGAGCUUACAUCAGAUGUACAGUUUAUGUCGGGCUAAAACAUUAGAAGAAGCAGAGGAGAAAUUCAUAGUUUAUAAAGAAAGAAUACCAAUAUUUAUUAAGAUCACCAAAGAAUGCACAGUGGCGAUUCUGCAAAAACUAUGUGACAUUUUAUCACAGCACCAAUCAUGGACUAUUGCUCACAUGAUGGCUCACUUUGGCUUGAGUGAACAGUUCAAUGACCCUGAAGUUCAGAAACAUAUUGACGAUGUUGAUCCCUUGACUGGAGCCACACCUUUGAUGGUGGCUGUAAAAUCAUGCAAUGUGCGCAUGGUUCAGAGUCUGGUGUCGUUGCAAUGCUCUCUAGAUGUCAUCGACCUUGAAGGCAACACUGUUUUCCACUACGCAGCUGCUAGCAACAAAGAAAUUAUUAACGCUUUAGCCAGCAAAAAUCCAUCAUCACUAAACGUGUACAAUAAGCAAGGAUACACGCCACUCCACACAGCAUGUUUAGCGGACGCACCGGAUUGCGUGCGCGCCCUCAUGUUAGCGGGCGCAGACGUUAAUCUCACUGCAGCUAAGAGGUCUACUAGUCUUCUACCAGGUAUUGUUGGCGAUCUCCUACAAGAUAACCAACCAAAAUUAUACCAGCAAGACAUGAAGCAUGGAGGCACACCUUUGCACUGGGCAAUCUCUCGCGAAGUAGUUGUAGCUCUCGUCGAUAAGAACUGUGAUAUAAACGCUUUGAACUUCGAUGGAAGAACAGCCCUCCACAUAAUGGUGUUACGAGGCCGUUUGGAAUGUGCUAUAGCCCUAUUAUCAAGAGGAGCUGAACACUCCAUUGGAGAUAAUGAAGGAAACACCCCAUUACAUUUGGCAGUCAAACAGACCAAUGUAGCAAUAGUCCAAGCGUUGAUCGUGUUCGGAGCCAAUUUGGAAGCGAAGAACAAAAUGGGGAAUACACCGAGACAUACGUUACCUACUGAAAUGUCAAACAGCAAUUAUGAUAAAAUAUUGUACGUUUUGCACGCGGUUGGGGCCAAAAGAUGUCCUCCAGAGGUAUCAGGCUGUAGGCCUAGUUGUUCAGCUCGUGGUGACUACAACGGUGUUCCACCACCUCCUGUAGCCAGGAGCUCCACUCGAGACCUCGUCAGCCAAAUGUUGUCCGUAGCUGCCAUGGAAAGAGCUGCUUGUUUUGAUACCAGCCAAAAACAGGGACGAUUGCUCUGCCUAGACGGUGGCGGUAUUCGAGGCCUAGUCUUAGUCCAGAUACUGCUAAGCCUCGAGGAAGCUGUUGGUAGACCUAUCGUGGAGUGCUUCGACUGGGUAGCUGGUACCAGCACUGGUGGCAUUCUGGCUUUGGGCUUGGCCAGUGGAAAGUCUUUAAGGGAAUGCCAAAGGGUCUAUUUUAGAUUGAAAGAGUACGCAUUCAUUGGUAUGAGGCCAUAUCCUUCGGACGCUUUGGAAGCCAUUCUUAAGGAAUGUUUGGGCACAGAGACAGUUAUGUCGGACAUUCAACAUCCAAAACUGAUGAUAUUGGCGUUACUGGCUGAUCGGAAACCUGUGGACCUUCACCUGUUUAGAAAUUACAAAUCAGCUCAAGAGAUUCUUGACGAACAUAAUGGAACUACAAGUCCUCGCGCAGAGGCGGGAGACCAGGCGUCAGUGGUGUCGCUGGCGCAGCCUCCGCCCCCCUCGGAACAGUUGGUGUGGCAAGCGGCCCGGGCCACUGGCGCCGCGCCCUCGUACUUCAGAGCUUCUGGCAGAUACCUGGACGGUGGUUUGAUGGGGAACAAUCCAACAUUAGACGUGCUUACAGAGCUCACGGAAUUGAACCUAGCUUUACGAGCUACAGGACAAAAUGAGGAGGCUAAGAAGACCAACCUUAAAGUAGUUGUGUCUUGCGGUACAGGUUUAAUUCCAGUAUCAAAGUUAAAAGAUAUUGAUGUGUUCAAGCCGGAAAGUUUGUGGGAUACGGCCAGGCUUGCGUGUGGACUGUCUGCUAUUGGCGGCCUGCUCGUCGAUCAGCUCUACCAAAUAAACGCUGUUGACAUCUCCAUAGAAGCUAAAACCUACGGUCAGUGCCCUCGCAAACAAUACAUUUCUGACGACCCGAACAAAACAGGGGGCAUUCUCGGCACACUAACUAUUGGAAUUGGAUCUCGCGUGAUGUUACGCCGCAACAUCAAUGUAAACCACGGUCUGGUGAACGGUGCUAUGGGUAUCAUAAGAAGAAUUGAGUGGCCUUCUCUUCGCAGAGAGCAGUUAGAACCAGGUGAGUUACCGCAGGCAGUAUUCGUAGAGUUCGACGAUCGUUCUGUUAAGGGCAAUGAAUUGGGUGUGGGGGUUCGCAUAGAGCCCUCCACUGUCGACUUUGAUGCGCUUCGCGGACAAGGGAAGAUUGAACGUCGGAUGCUGCCUUUGAUACUUUGUUGGGCUGUAACGGCGACGCAAUCAGACGGUCGUGUAGUGGACCGAGCGCGUGCGUGGUGUAGCGCUAUAGGAGUCCCCUACUACCGGUUCGCGCCACAAAUGUCCAAGGACGUCGCUAUGGACGAGAAGAACGAUGAAACGUUAGUCACGAUGCUGUGGGAAGCUCAGAUGUACAUGUACUCGCAUCGAGAUCGAGUCGCCGAGUUGGCUGCGUUACUUAACGAUACUGACCAUGAACCAAUGAAAACUAAUUAAUCUGUAUCACAAUAUGUAAAAGCAGAUCCGUGAGUACGUGUAGCAUAGCUCUUUUAGUCAUUAACACGCAUAAUAAUAUUAAUUAGCUAAUAAUAAUAAUAUUUUGUCUGACAUUCAACAUAAAUUGGCAGGGUUUAGUUAAGUAAACAUUAUCUUUCGUACUCAGAGACAUUUAAUGGAAACUUAAAUUAUUCUUUAGAAAAGAUUUUAUUCCGUAAACAGUUGCUAAUGACUGAGUUAAGUUACCAUCAAAAUCGUUGUAACUCUGAGUACGGCUGUGUAAGUUCUAUUUUUAUGUUAUACAUAAUAUACGAAGACUUAUUUUUUUGCUCUGACAACUACAAAAAACCGUUAAAUUUUAAAUUAUUUCUUUAUACACAUUCCUAGUAGAAAUACGAGGUAUUUAAUUAUUUUUUUAAUUUUUUCUUGAUUUAUUGUCUGUUAAAUACGUAGUAUUAUUAUUUUUUCAUCAAAUUUUUAAAGGAGCUUUCGAAUUAUCGAUGCUUUUGUUAAGUAGGUAUACGGGUACAAUAGAAAUUUCUGUGCAAUAUUUUUUUCUUCUUUUCUGUUCGUUUCUUUACACAGCGUUUUCUGUUGUUUAUUUAUUUAUUAUUUAAUGUUUAAGAAUCUUUAUUGCUGAUGUAUAGAUAUGUUUGUAUUUAGCAAUUUGUAAUGGUGAAUAACAAUAACAUCUAAUUGGGUACAUCUAAGUCACAAAUAACUUAUUUAGAUUUUGCAAUACAAUAAAAUAUUAAAUAACCAUCACAUUUUAGUUUAUUAAUUUACUAAACCUAAUUAAGUAAUUAAGAAUGUUGUUUGAUGCAAAAAUGUAAUAUCACAUCACAUGAACAUGAACAGCGUGAACGCGAAAGUAGCUACUAGCUAGUACAGACGGGGCUGAUGUUCAGCCGGGGUCGCGGGGCAAGCGCAUUAAGGCACCGCAGCCUCGGCCAAGAGCAGAAGAUACGGGGGUUUUUAGUCAGUAAGAGUCUGACACUCCCUCUCGCCCGGCCCUGGGCGGGAGAAGUAAUUUGAUAAUUUUCUCUUUACAAAAAAGCUACUAGCCAGUAGUUAUAAAAGUUAUUAAGUAUACAUUGGUGAAGUUAGUCAUAUAUUUAAAUAUACGUUGCUAUACAAGCUACGCACAUAAUAUAUUAAUAAUGUGUAAUUAGACAAAUUCAUUGUAGUAUUUCGUAUGAGAUUAUUC